AGCUUUUACAGAAGAGAUGAUUCACCAAAUAGUGACAUUUACAUUAAAGGAAAUACCCGUGUUCUCUAGCAUUUUGCUGCAAGUUCUCCGUGCCUUGGAGACAGGCACCAUUUGAGGCGGGUCUGAGGCGUGCCAGGGGCAGUCUCCUCCCUUGGCUACCUCCUUCCUCAUUCCUCAUGUCUCAGUCCUCUUCUCCCAGACUGCUGCUGGAUCCACACCCAGACUGCAGGCUCUCUGGGUCUCCAUGCUCUCUGUGUUCCCGGCUGCCUGCUCCAGCCGCUGACAGAGCUGCCACCUUCUACCUCUCCAGUGUCAGGAAGAGGAAAGAAGUCUCAGAGCUUCCAGACCACUUCCUCUUGGAGGGAACUAUUGACCCAGGAAUAACGAUGGCUGCCGUGCCAGAAGGCUUUUGCAUCAACUUCAAGGAAAUGAUAUUUAUUGACAACACACUUUACUUUUUGCCCGAAGAUGAUGGAGACCUGGAAUCAGACCACUUUCGCAGGGAUUGCUCUACAACUGCAGUAAUACGAAAUAUGGAUGACCAAGUUCUCUUCGUUGACAGAAACAAGCAACAACAUGUGUUUGAGGAUAUGACUGAUGCUGACAUAGGGGCUAAUGAGCCCCAGACCAGACUGAUAAUAUUUAUGUAUAAAGAUGAUAAAGUAAGAGGACUGCCUGUAACCCUCUCUGUGAAGGAUACAAAAAUGUUUACCCUCUCCUGUAAGGACAAAAUUAUUUCCUUUAAGGAAAUGGAUCCACCUGAAAAUAUCAAUGCUACAGAAAGUGAUCUCAUAUUCUUUCAGAGAGGUGUUCCAGGACAUGAUAAGAUGCAAUUUGAAUCUUCACUGUAUAAAGGAUACUUUCUAGCUUAUGAAAAGGAUGGUGAUUUGUUCAAACUCAUUUUGAAAAAAAAGGAUGAAAAUGGGGAUACAUCUGUAAUGUUCACUCUUACUAGCUUACGUCGACCUUAGGUAUUAAGUGUUAUUGUGUUCCAGAAAGAUGAUUAGAAUACAUGAGCCUCAGAAUAAUCCAUUAUGUGUUGCUGUAACAAAAUACCUGAGGCUGCAUAAUUUAUAAAGUAAGCAGGUUCAUUUG